AUGUCUUCGCGAGCCCUUCGCAAACUCCAGCGGCAGCAGGAGUUGCAGAGACAAGUUGAGGCCGCCGAAAAGGCCUACGAGGAGGAGGAAGGGUCAGACGAGGAUGACAUCCCAGAGCAGCCUCCCCGGCCCACGAAUGCUUUUGACAUGCUGGAGGGGGUCGGAGAUAACGGUGAGUCCGAUGAACACGAAUACGACUUCAUACCACGCGCAGAGCCUACAGAAAAUGCCGACGCCGGCCUUCCGCAGAUUUCAACCUCGACCCCUCCGCCCAAGUCAAAGAAGAAGAAGAAGAAAUCCAAGAAGAAGGGCAAGGGUAAAGCAGAAGAACAGGAGAAGCAGAAAGAUGAAUCGGGCGAUGAGGUUGAUCGGGCACUAAGAGAAUUGGCUGCGAAAGAAGGGCGAGCGCAGGCGGCUUCUACCGAGAAACAAGAAACGCCGACCUGGGAGUCAAGAGCAACCAGACUCCUGGCCAUAGAUUCGCACAAUCUCAACCCUGUCAACGAAAUGAAGAGUCUCUUUGGAAACAUUGCCCUUGAAGGGCAAGAGUCUCGUGCCUCACCCCGUAAUCAACGCCGCCGCGAACAGAACCAGCAGGGCGGCGUUGACUUGGCGACUGCACUUACGGGAAGAUAUUGCGUCGCUAGCAGAGGCAAAGAGCUGGGCACUCUCGCACAUAGGCGGAACGUCUUCGUUCAAGGCAGGGAACAGUGGCCUCUGGCCACAAGUGGAGGAUUGAGCAUGGAGCUUGUCAAACCGGACCCCGCUUCCAAGGACUCCUUCGAGAAGCGGUAUAACAUCAUGCACAAUGAUGCCUAUCGCGAGACGCAAGUGCACUUCCGCAUGGCCGUCGAAUCCAUGGAUCCUCAGCGAAUGGUUGGCCUGUUAUCGAUGUAUCCGUACCACAUUGCCACUCUACUACAGGUCUCCGAAAUUGCCAAACAUCAAGGCGAUCAUGCGGUUUCGGGAGAUCUUGUAGAACGUGCAUUGUUCUCCUUCGGCAAGUCUGUACACAGCAGCUUUCCAGCUGCCUUGAGGAGUGGCGUGGCUCGUGUGCCGUUUAAUAAACCGGCCAACCGAGAACUGUAUCUCGCAAUAUGGCGAUACAUCAAAAAUCUUGAGAUGCGAGGAACGUGGCGCACCGCGUUCGAAUGGGCCAAGAUCCUCCUUCAACUCAGCCCACUGACAGACCCAUAUGGAGUCACUUUGAUGAUCGAUCAACUUGCCUUGAGGGGCCGUCAACAGGCUCAGCUCAUUGCCGUCUGCUCGGAUGACGCAUAUGGCCAAACCUGGGAUUUCUUACCCAACAUCCAGAUCUCUCUGGCACUUGCCUAUCAAAGGUCCGGUAAACCACAAGAUGCUCGCACUCGCCUCGCGGUCGCAAUGCACAAAUACCCUUACAUCUUGUCCGCUCUCGUCUCCGCGCUCGAUAUCUCCCCUCCUCCUACGUCGCUCUGGGCAAAAUUGCCGUCCACUGACGCUGAAAAACUCUACACUGAACUCUACGUCACGCGCGCAAAAGACCUGUGGAACACUCCCGAAGCUAUCAGCCUACUUGUCGAAGUUGCAGAGACCCUUUCUCACUACAGCUAUGCCAUCGAUGCCGCGCCAGAAGCGCCAAAGUUAGAGAUCUCUCUCGAAGAAGCCAGACACAUCAUGUUGCUCGAAAUCCCGUCGUUAAUUGCGCUGCUCCCACGCCGGUUCACCACUAUGCCCACUUCAUCUUCCGACGUGCUCCCUCCCCCAGACUCAUUGUCCGACUUUGUUGCACGAGCACCCGGCACCGGUCCUACACGGGGAGCUGACGGAACUAUGCAAACCAUCUUCAACGCCGCAGGAGCCACUGCUGGCACAGCUGGCAGUCUUCUCACACGGAUCAUGAAUUGGUUUCAACAGCCCGCAGUCGCAGACGAGGCAGACGCAGCGGGUGAAUCGGAAGGUCAAGCUGCACUACGUGAAUUGCAAGAGCAACUUGGUGGGAAUAUCCCUCCUGAAAUGAUUGAGGAGCUCCUGAGACUUCAUCUAGAUGAUGCAGAGGAAUUGGGCGAAGGUGUUACCCCUGAGGGACUGGGGAUGGCUGGUGGGUGGGAUAAUUAUUCGGAUGCGGAUGCGACGGUCGAUGAGAGCGACAGUAUGCCGGAACUGGAGAGUAUUCCCGUCUCAGGAUCAACGGUGGCCCAAAAUCCGCUGCCACAUCCUCCACACUCAGCCAUGGUCGAAGAUGCUGACGAAGAAGGGGAGGGUGAGACAGUAAGAUCACUUCGCCGCAUUUUGGCCGGUGGUGGUGCAGUUUUACGACAUGUUGAUUCAGACACUGAAGACGAAGAAGCUGACGAAGGCCGUGGAUCUUCCCAAACUCGGCAGGCUCGCCCUGCCCAACCUUUUCGACCUCAGGAACCACAGCCACCGCCACAGACUGCAGGUGGCUCUGCGGCAACCAUUCCUCCUCCCUCGAACUCAGAACAGGAUCAAGAAUUGGUCGACCCCCAACGUCUGCAACGCUGGCUUCUUACCAAUGGCCUUAAUGAUCUCCAGUCUAACCGGACCGACCCAAAGACGCUGCAAGCGUACCUGAAUAGACUGAGAUUGUUAGGCCCAAAGCAACAGGACUGGAUUGUGAGGAUGGUUAGGCAGAGAGCGGGUGAGGACAUGGAGAGGCGGAUCCGGGAGUCAUUGGCGGCGUGA